GGUCAUCUUGCAUAGCAUAUUCAUAAUUUUUUGCAGCCCCCAAACGACACCCUAUAUACGUUUCGUCCUCGACCCACUUUCUAGCUUGCAACCUCCAUCGUAAGCUAGUAAUAUUUAGCAACCAUGGGGAUCAUAGAAAAGAUUAAAGAAAUUGAGGCCGAGAUGGCCCGAACCCAGAAAAAUAAAGCUACAGAAUAUCAUCUGGGUCAGCUCAAGGCCAAGAUAGCAAAGCUAAGGACACAACUGUUGGAGCCUCCAAAAGGUUCUAGCGGAGCUGGAGACGGUUUUGAAGUCACAAAAUAUGGCCAUGGACGUGUAGCCCUUAUAGGAUUUCCAAGUGUAGGAAAAUCUACGCUGCUAACAAUGUUAACGGGAACUCAUUCUGAGGCUGCAUCAUACGAGUUUACCACUCUUACCUGCAUACCUGGCAUUAUCCACUAUAAUGACACUAAAAUUCAGCUACUUGAUCUCCCUGGAAUUAUUGAAGGUGCAUCUGAAGGCAAGGGGCGUGGUAGGCAGGUUAUUGCAGUUUCAAAAUCCUCGGACCUUGUCCUCAUGGUCCUUGAUGCUUCAAAAAGUGAAGGGCAUAGGCAAAUCUUAACGAAGGAGCUGGAAGCUGUGGGCUUGCGCUUGAACAAGAGACCUCCUCAAAUAUACUUCAAAAAGAAAAAGACUGGUGGAAUUUCAUUCAACAGCACUGUGCCUUUGACUCAUGUUGAUGAGAAGCUGUGUUAUCAAAUUUUGCAUGAAUACAAGAUACACAAUGCAGAGGUCUUGUUUCGUGAAGAUGCCACUGUGGAUGAUCUGAUAGAUGUCAUCGAGGGAAACCGCAAAUACAUAAAAUGUGUAUACGUCUACAAUAAAAUUGAUGUUGUUGGUAUUGACGACGUGGACAGAUUAGCACGACAACCAAAUUCCAUUGUGAUUAGCUGUAAUUUGAAGCUCAAUCUGGACAGAGUGCUUGCUAGAAUGUGGGACGAGAUGGGUCUUGUGAGGGUUUAUACAAAGCCCCAAGGCCAGCAACCAGAUUUCACUGAUCCUGUUGUUCUUUCUUCUGAUAGAGGGGGCUGUACAGUUGAGGACUUUUGUGAUCAUAUACAUCGGAGCCUAGUGAAGGACGUGAAGUAUGUCUUGGUGUGGGGCACAAGCGCAAGGCACUACCCACAGCACUGUGGCCUCGGUCAUGUUCUUCAGGACGAGGAUGUUGUACAGAUCGUUAAGAAAAAGGAGAGGGAAGAUGGUGGAAGAGGUCGCUUUAAAUCACAUUCCAAUGCUCCUGCUAGAAUAUCUGACAGAGAAAAGAAGGCUCCCCUGAAGACAUAAUUGAGUGCCUUUUGGAGCCUGUCCUGUCCUACUUAGCAGCACAUCUUGGAACUUCUUCUUUGGACAUCAUGGAUGAUAGGCGGUCAAACUUAAUGAUCUGCGAGAUGGAUCGGGUUCACAGGAUAACAAAGUAUUCUGGCAGGCAUUCUUAUAUUUAGUGUUGUAUGACGAGUAAUUUGAUUUUCAAGAUUUUGGUCGAUUGAGGAAGGGUUAUAAAACCUGGGCGAAAUUUGAUAGUGUAAAAAGUUAAAGAGAUUACUUAUUUGGUGCUCCAGCAAUUGACUUCGCAAAAAUAAUGCUUAGUUGUAACACAUGUACUAGGACCUGCCUUUUUUCUUUAUUAUUAUUAUGCUCAAUAUUCUUAGUUCUA